ACUCUAAAGUACCUGAUUGGGACACUCUUCCAGUGCAAAUCGGUGAAACACUAUGUUAUCAUAUUCCUAAAUCUCUAGAUGUACUUAAAGAUCAAAGAUUCUUCAGUAAGGAGAAACUCUAUUCCCUAAAGUUUUCUUUUAAGAUUGCACCACGUCCAUUUUCAACUGGUGUUGAAAAACGAGCAUAUUUUGCCAUUAGUGCAAAUAACGGACCGUCAGAAACAAUGGUGAUGAAAAAAUACAUUCAAAAUACUUCAAAUGAUAUUUUUAAAAGAUAUCUUGAAGCUAUAGAAAUCUCUACUGUAACAAAUUAUCUUUCAAAAAAAUUUAAUUUAAUUACAAAAACAAAAAAGAUUUCACCAGUAAACUUCCUUCGUGCAAGACUAGUGCGCCUUAUCAUUAAUAACAAAACUCAAUAUUAUAUUCUAGAAGAACAACUUUGUGGCGCAGAGUUUAAGCGAUUCAACACAAAUAGUGGGAUAAUUACAUUAUCUCGUCCUGUUCUUGAAGCAUUUUCUCAUUUUACAUAUGAACAUACUAAAGGAUAUUUAGUAGUUUGUGAUCUUCAAGGAAUUGAACUUAAUAAUAAGUUCUUAUUAACUGAUCCGGCGAUACAUUGUGUUGAUAAUUCAAGAUUUGGACAAACAAAUUUAGGCCAAGAAGGAAUUGCUAGAUGUUUUUUAGCAAAUCAUAAAUGUAAUGAAAUUUGUAAAAAGUUAGAUUUAGAACUUGUAUCCAAUUAA